GGGGGAGCGUACGCCUGUCGCCCAGAGGACGCAGACAUCAUUCUCGUUGAUUCCUCCCAACUCGAUGGAAAGCGUCUCAUUCGUACCUGGCAUCAGACCCCAGGGAAAGCCGUUCUUGAAUUUCAAUGGCUACGUAAAAGUAUCGAAGCUAGGAAACCUCUCCUUGAAGCCGAUGGCUGGGGUGGGACAGAAACUUUGGAUGAUGGCAAACCCAUCGUCGAAAGAAUCCUUAAUAACGUCCCUGCAACUCCGGCUGCAUAUGUCCCUCUAAUCCCGAAUGAUCCAAGGCCAUCUCAGUCACCGCAAGAAGCUCCACUCGUUGUUUCACAAAAUCUACGGCAGCCUUCGGAACAUGCAGGCCAACCUAUGUAUAGUCAUGCACCAAGCAUUUCCCCACCUGUUCAAUCAUUUAAUACUCCUCAACCCAUUGCACCACCUCAGCAGCUCACUUCAGCAUUACCUUAUAAUUUGCAGGCUCCUCCGCAACCUCAGGACCCGCAGAGUUUUCAAAUGCUUGUGACUCUGAUGGAUGUUAUGAGGAACACCAACGGUGGUGAAUUCUUGCAGGCGGGACAGCCCUCACCUAUGUAUCCCCAAAUAGAAGCUUCAUCCAGUGCUCCGUUUGCCAUCCAUAACGAACAAACACCAGAUUCAAUCGUUGCUCCAGACCAACCCUACCCUCCUUCAUCGUCUUCUUAUAAAUCACGCAGCCCAACUCCCGACGUCGUUGUGUUGAAGUACCCGGAAAAACAACCUCGCCCUUCCGGACACAAACCUCGCACCGAUAUAUCUUCUCGUGCGCCUUCUACGGUUGUGCUCCCUCCUUCAGUGAAGCGCAAAGCUAUUCAAGAAGCCAUGUUACCCCCAAAAGCCCCAGGAAAGCUGCCUAACAAACGAUCUCUCAAGGGCAAGGAACGUGUUUCAAUAUUCGACGAAUCCGAUAAUGACGAAGGUGCUCCUCCUACCGGUUCAGACGAUGUAUUUGAGCAGUCUCUUUUGAGCUCGCCGGGCCGCACGAAUGCAGGAAAGAAUUCUGGAGAGGUGUUCCUUGACGAUCAAGGGCAGCCUUUGACAUUCUUUGUGCAGGUUGAUCUGCAGGGGCGAUCAGGAGUGGUUUCGAACAUCAAGAAAAAUAAAGGCAAGAUCAUCGGGAGUAUUGCAGAUGCAGAUUAUGUCAUUCUCUUCACGCGCUCGCAGACAUUCCAAGGCCUCUUGAGUGAGGCCCAUGCCUGCGACAAGGUUCCGAUUCAGUCGGCAUUCGUUGCCGAUUGCAUCGCUGAAAACAUGUUGUUGGAUGAAAGCGAGUACAUGCUCGACACGACGCCAACAAAGAAAGUGAAACAGAUGUCAGCGCCCACUUCCCCACAAAUAUUAGCAGCACCGCUGCCACCGUCCUCGAAGGAGGCAAAGUCCCAUCAUGCACGACGGUCUCCUACCCCUCCUCCCCCAGAGACGCGCAAAUCCAUGAGAGAUGGGAAGUUUCACUUUACCCAGCCAGAAAUUGAGUACUUCUGCCAGUAUGCUCAAUUCCUGCUCAAUGAAGACCCAACGAUGUCCACCACGGUCUUGCUUCAAGCUAUACACAAAAAGAUGCCACAUCACUCAGUUGGGUCCUGGCAGAUGCAGGUGUCUUCGAAACUGAAAACACAACUUACUGAAAUUCGCAAGAGGGCAAAUAUCGCAUUUCGCAAGUCUUUGAAUGGGAAUACCGAGAAAUCAAUUGGGGAGGAAAGACCUGGCCCGUCCAAGAAGCCUCGAUUAGCUUCCCCUCCUGUAUCACAAGAAACUCUGGAACGAGAGGAUUUUGAAGUAAUCUGUGAAUUCUUUGCUAGCGGUGGAGGGGACGAUGAUAAUGACGAGAGGGUAUGGGAAAAGUUAUCACAACAUCGACCUUGCAAAAGCGCAGAGUCUUGGCCAGAGUAUUACACGACACACCAAAAUGAAGUUUAUGCACAUAUCGAGGAGCUUGUACGCUCCUCCAGCUAG